CUUGGAACGGACGGUCCUGCUCCAAGCCGGUAGAGAUACAAGAGACUGUCAUACCUCAAACAGUACAGCUAGAGGUCGCUCUGGCAGCGUUCCACAGCGUACUACUCUGUACUUCAGUCCCCAACGAGCAAGACACCAUGCCUCUCCUCCCACCAUCGCUCCCCUCGCUCCGCUCCCUCUCCACCUUGGCCCUCAGCAGCACCGCCUUCCUCUCGCGCACCCCCGAGCAGCACAUCUUCCGCGACUCCUCCCCCCAGAUCCCCUUCGGAAACGCACAGGAAAGUCCCCUCACAGGCCAACAACCCGUUGGCGCCACACAAGCAUGUCCCCACCCGCAACUCAGCUGCCACAACACGACGGUCGUGGAGAAUCUAUGCUGCUUCAACUACCCGGGGGGCCAGAUGCUGCAGACGCAGUUCUGGGAUACGCAUCCGCCGACGGGGCCCGAGGAUAGCUGGACAAUCCACGGGCUGUGGCCCGACCGCUGCGACGGCACCUACGAAGCCAACUGCGACCCUUCCCGCACCUACACCAACAUCACCUCGAUCCUCACCUCGUUCAACCGCAGCACGCUCCUCGCCCAAAUGUCGACGUUCUGGAAAGACAACCGCGGCAACGACGCCACGCUCUGGCAGCACGAGUGGAGCAAACACGGCACCUGCAUCUCGACGCUCGAACCCCACUGCUACCUCCCGCAAGCCUCGUACACGCCGACGCAGGAAGUCGUCGAUUACUUCUCCAAAGCCGUCGAAUUGUUCACCGCGCUCCCCAGUUUCACCUGGUUGGCCGAGGCGGGCAUCACGCCCUCGCAUACACAGACGUAUACGUUUGCGCAGAUCCAGGAGGCGCUGGGACGGAAGAGGGGUGGCGUGCGGGUGACGCUGGGGUGUAAGAACGGGGCAUUGAAUGAGAUUUGGUACCAUUUCAAUAUGCGGGGUUCCGUGCAGGAGGGCGAGUUUGUCCCCGCGGAACCGGAUGGGACCAAGUCUAGUUGUCCGAGGGUGGGGAUACGGUAUCUUCCCAAGGCGAAGACGGGAGGAGGUGGUGGCGGAGGUGGAGGAGGAGGUGGAGAUGGCAAACCCUUCCAGGGUAAAGGCAAUCUGAGAGUCUACGUCGAGGGCGAACCGCACGGCUGUCUCAUUUCGCGCGGCGAGUGGUAUGCAAGCGGUACUUGUGCGGUGUUCACAGCAGAGGCUUUACCUACCUCUUCUUCGCAGUCGUCCUCUUCCGAGUCGUCGUCGUCCGCUUUCACCCUCAGCACCUCCAAGGGCCCCUGCGGCAUCCACGCCGGUGCCCUGGUCUGCGGGCGCAACGUCAUCAAGGCGCCUACGGGCUUCACGCACUCGGAAGAGGGCGAGUUGGCCGUGGGCGGGAGCACAAAGUUUAGUGCCGACAAGAUAGCUCGGGGGUGGGGGAAGGUGAGGGUUUGGGCGGGCGGGGAGCAUAGGGAGGGGGUGAGGGUGAGGUGG